CUCUACAAAAUUUCAAAAUCUCUAUUCUUCUGUCAGUAAACCCUAACGCAAAGUACUCAAUCAAAUGCAAAUCACAGAAGAGCAAAGAAAAAGAAUCGAAGCAAACAGAUUAGCAGCCAUAGCAAAGAGACAUGCUUCCCUGGAAAUGCAAACCGGUGAACAACGACAACAGCAAGAUCCAUGGAGGUUCUUUACGUGUCGAAAAGCCACCUCCGUUAAUAAUACACAUUUCACAAGAAAACCUCAAAAUUCGUCGACGGAACCUGCUUCAGUUACCCGUCUGCCUGAAAAGUUCCGGGUCAGUCUCGAAAUAUGCUCGCCGGACUCAUUUGCAGCCACACCGAUCGCCAUGCGGGGGUUUACCUACCCUGGAGAGGAGGAGUGUUUGCGGAAAUUGAGUGACCUUUUAUUGGACGUUAUACCUCUGCACUAUACACAAAAUCACAGCGGCAGAAAGGCAUGUGUUUAUAAACUGAGGGACUACACUGCAAUUUUGGCCUGUUUAAAGAAAUCCAAGGGCAUUGAAGUUGAAGAGAUACCUUGGGUAACAUACAAUGUUAUUGAGAAACUUUCGCAUUCAAUUGAUUCUGGACGAUGGGAGCCAUCUAGGCCAGAACAUUUUACUGAUGAAGAGGUUGAUAACUUGAUGGGGAAGCUACCUAAAUCAUUAUUGGAUGCAUUUUUGCCUUUCCAACUAGAUGGUGUAAGAUUUGCAUUGCAAAGAGGAGGUCGGUGUCUUAUUGCAGAUGAAAUGGGCCUUGGAAAGACACUGCAGGCUAUUGCUAUUGCUGGCUGUUUUAUGGAUGAAGGUUCGAUACUUGUUGUUUGUCCAGCUGUUUUACGUUUCUCAUGGGCAGAAGAGUUAGAACGAUGGCUGCCGGGUUGUUUACCAUCUCAUAUUCAUCUUGUUUUUGGUCAUCAAAAUAAUCCUGACUAUUUAACAAGCCACCCUAAUAUUGAGGUUAUUUCCUAUACAAUGCUUCACCCCCUCCGGAAGUGUAUGCUUGAGCGAGAAUGGACUCUCUUGAUUGUUGAUGAAUCUCACCAUUUACGGUGUUCGAAGAAUAAAUCAGAUCCAGAAGAGGUAAGAACUGUCCUUGAUGUGGCUGCAAAUGUCAAGCGAAUAGUUCUCUUAUCAGGCACCCCUUCUUUAUCGAGACCGUAUGACAUUUUUCACCAGAUAAAUAUGCUAUGGCCUGGUUUGCUGGGAAGGGACAAGUAUGAGUUUGCAAAAACUUACUGUGAUGUCAACUAUGUCAAUGGUCCACUAGGAAAACUUUUCAAGGAUAUCUCCAGAGGUGUCCGCUUGGAGGAGCUGAACGUGUUACUCAAGCAAACUGUGAUG